UCAAAAUGAUAAAUACCAAAGGUAUUCAAGCAUUGCAAGAUGCUGUCUUAUUCAAUAAAAAUGAUUACCAGGGUAAGUGCAAAAAACCGACAAAAAACCGACAAAAAAAAUGCCCAGGAACAGUUACUGAAACGACUCGUUCAAAUUUCCACAUCUUUAUUGAUUUGGAUAUGAGGACACAUCGUAAGAAAACACAUGGUCUCAAAUACCAGUUAGCAGAUGUUCCAAUUACACUGAAUUUUAUAAAACAGUACCGCUUGAUAGGUGUCAUCGAACACAUUUCUGGUCACUUUAUUGGCUACUGUCGAAAACCUUCAGGACGAUGGCUGAAAUGUGAUGAUAUGCAAUUAAAUGUCGAAGGGUGUGACGAGACAACAGUAAUUACACCGAUUGGGGCCAUUUAUAUCGCGCUAUGAAUCUGAUGUGCAGUUGAAUCUAACUGAUUAUCUUAGAAGAGUGCAAUUAUGUC